AUGUUGUUAAGGUUUGAGAAGCCUCAGCUCAAUUACAGCCAUGAAAUAUUCAAGCUUGAAAACUUGGAGGAGCUGAUAAUAGUUUCAGAAAGCCUGGAUCGAAUGUCUCGAGAUCAUUAUCCCAGUCUCAAGGCGGUGAAUGAACUGAAGAUGCUAUUGCGAGAGGGCUUUAGGGAGAAGAAGAAGAUGGAUGCGAAUCGGCGUAUCCCGGAGAUUAUCAUCUAUCCCGUGGGUUUCCCGUUGCCGGUUUUCAGAAAUGAGCUUCCAACCCCUCUCGAGGCGUUUAAAGCAUGGGCAGAGAAGAGGGGAUAUACAGGCAACCCGGAGGAUUUUGGCAUUGAGGAGGCAGUUGAAGACGUAGAAGACGCAUAA